AUGUCCAAGUUCAACCAGUUUUUAGUAGCAGCUAUUCUCGGGCUCUUCGGAGUAACUUCAGCUCUGCCGCAGUCCAACACGUUUUCACUCCCGAAGCGCGACACCACCUCUUGCACUGACCCAAUUCAACGCAAACCAUGGUCACAGCUCACCUCAGAAGAGCAGUCAGGCUACUUGAAUGCCACUUUGUGUCUCAUGAGCCUUCCUGCCACGCUUGGCAUCGACGCCAGGGCGGAAAGCCGAUGGGACGAGCUCCAGUGGGCUCACAUCCUGCAAACCAACUGGAUGCACAGCGAUGGGCAUUUUCUCCCCUGGCACCGCUACUAUGUAACUGUCCACGCCCACAUGCUGCGCGAUGAGUGUGGAUAUACCGGAUCAAUACCCUACUGGGAUGAGCCUACAGACGCAACCCUUACACACCUCAAUGAGAGCGUCAUGUUUCAGUCUGAUGCUUUUGGCGGCGACGGUGAGCUCUUGGACGGGGACACAGAUAUCAUCGAUAAGUGCAUCCGCGAUGGGCCCUUUGUCAACCAGACCCUACGCUUGUGGUACAACACCUCCGAAACAACCGAAUACUGCAUCUACCGCAACCUUUCAGAUACAGCACUGGCUAGCGGCGCAACUCAGGCUGAUGUGGACACGUGCAUGACCUACGAGAACUACACCGCAGCCUGGCGAUGUUUCGCUGGCACAAUACACGGACAGGGACAUAGUGCCGUUCGAGGAGUUAUGGGUCACGUUGCUAAUGCUCCCGGCGACCCAAUGUUCUUCCUGCAUCACACUUGGCUAGAUGCCAUGUGGUGGAAGUGGCAGUCGCUUAAUCUGACUUCACGAUUGACAGAUAUGGGUGGGCCAGUGAUGCCAUCGGCCUCAUUUCUCUCGAGGAAUGCAGCGAUGCCCACCCCGGGCGCAGAGUAUCUGGAUUAUGAUGGCGAUGAUGGAAAUGUCACCACUCUGAAUCACGUGCUAUGGAUGGUGGAUGUUGCGAAAAAUGUUACUGUUGCAGAGGUCAUGGACGUGAGGGGAGAUGUCGUUUGUGCCGAGUACGUGUACUAA